UUCGCGCCAGCAUUUUCGCUGGGAGAGACAACGACACUGGUUUUCAGAGAGAAAUUAAACACCCCAAAUAUUGCUGGAAUAAGAUAAUAUCGGUUGUACUUGCAGUAUAUUUGUGGCGUUCAUGGUAUAAUUGUAUUUGAUCGUUUGUGUUCUAUCAGGAAUACUAAGCUCUAGGUGUGAGAGGAACCAGGAUGAUGGCGACGGUGCCCCUGAACAGCUCCAGUCUCCUCCCUCUGCUGGAAUCUCUGGAGGAUAUCACAGCCGGACAGCCGGAGCAGACAGACGCCUACCUCACCAUUGUCAAUCGUCUCAGUGGAGAUGAUGGAACACAGUUUCUCCCUGCCGUUGUGAAGCAUUUCUCACGUUUGGGUAAAACUUUCCAGACUCAUAUCUCCAGUCAGAAUGCAGAGCUGAGCCAGGCAGCACUGCAGGCCCUGGGGUUCUGUGUGUUCCAUGCGAACGUCGUCUCGGCUAUCCCAGCUAAUUUAGCAGAGGAGCUACUGUCAGCACUUUCCUCUCUGGUGGUGAAGUCUACAGACAAGAACACAUGCACCAGAGCAUUAUGGGUAAUCUCCAAACAGAACUUCACUCCAGAGGUGGUGGCCGAGAUGGUUCCAGAGAUCCUGAGGACCCUGGAGUGUAUACGGACUAGAGAAGACAUCCAGUCUGUUGUCAUGGAGCACGAGUCGUUGAACGUUAUCAUAAGGUUGCUGGAGCAGGCCCCAGCCCAGAUGGGUGAGGGUGCAGUGCAGUGGGCCAAGCUGGUCAUCCCUCUGGUGGUCCACUCAGCCUCUAAGGUGCGCCUGCGGGCGGCAGCAGCCCUAGAGAUGGGUCUACCUCUACUAAUGGAGAAGCAGAAGGAGGUGGCAGCCAUCAUAGAACCCAUCAUGUCCUCAAAACUCAUCCCAGAGCUCCAGAAACUGUUCUCUACGAAGAACGAGACCAAUGUUCUGAAACUCUGGCCGUUGUUUGUUAGGCUCCUAGGGAAGCUGCUCCAUAGAGGUGGUCCCUUCAUCAACUCCCUGCUUGGCCUGGAGGAACUGGGCUUCCGUAGCUCCUCCCCCAACAUCAAGAAGAUCGCCUUCAUCGCCUGGAAGAGCCUCAUAGACAACUUCGCCCUCAACCCAGAGAUCCUGUGCAGUGCCAAGCGUCUAAAGCUGCUGAUGCAGCCCCUCAGCUCCAUCCAGGUGAGGACUGAGGCCCUGCUGCUCACCAAGCUGGAGGUCUGGUGGUAUCUGGUGGUCAAACUGGGACCCAACCUGCCUGCACACUUUGAACAGGUUGGUGUUCCUCUGCUCCAGUGCUCCCUGGGCACUGACUCGGCCUUCCCAGCUUCUCCUGCCUGGAGCUCCAUUCAGAACAGUGCUGUGGGCACCACUACACCUAAAACUGGUGCCCCAGCGUUCUCGAGCCCUACGGUGAUGCCCCGUCUGAGCCUGAACUGCAGUGUGGUGGCAGGCCAGGCCUACCCCUCUAUACAGCUGCUGGGAUUAGAGAUGCUGCUGCAUUACUUCCUAGGGUCAGAGGUCACUGCCGCCGCUGCCAAGAACAAACUGACGCUCAGCCUGGAACCUCUGAUUCACCCCUUCCUGUCCAGCCCCCCCUCCUUCACCAAGUACGCCUCUCUGCUCAUCUCCAUGGUCCGCGACAGCUUCAUCUGCAUCGGCAAAGACGCCCCAGAGGCCUUGCUUGCCCUUAUAUGGAAGAACCUUGUAAGUUUCGUAAGCACAACGAUUGAUGCGGCUGGCCAUAAGAAGGAGCGACAGGGCUCUGAAGUCUUCACUCUGCUACUGCAGGCGCUACAGAGCGUCAUCUCCUCAGAGGCCCUCCCUGCACACAGGGCUCUGAGUCUGCUGGAAAUGACAGUGAAUGGGAUCCCUCCGAGGAUACUGGGAUCUGCCUCUUACCAAGUGGGCAAAAUGGAUAUUUUGAACGGAACCCCAGCUCUGUUCCUGAUUCUCCUGUUCUACAACAGCAGUCUAGUGGCAGGGUUCGUAGAGGAUGAGAGGUUCUUCCUGUGUUUGGAGACCCUGGUGAGCUGUGGUCUGUCCGGCCCUACGUCCCCUCUGGCGUUUGGGGAGGCGGUCCUGGGGGCGGUGGGACGCAGCGUGGGGACUCUGGGGAACAAGGAACAGCUUUGGAGGAUGUGGAGCGUGGUGGUCAACCCACUGACUGUUACCAUCACACAGAGCAAUGAGGUGAACCAAGGGGAUGCUCUGGAGCACAACUUCAGUGCUGUGCACAAUGCCCUGAUGUUCCCCAUCAUACACCUGCUACCUGGCAAGGCCCUGCCACAGAUGACCCAGAAGUCCAUGCUGGGUACGUGGUCCAGGCUGUAUAAGGUGUUUGCCUGCUGCUCUGCCCUGGUGGCCACUGCCGAGGAGAAUGUCUGCUGUGAGGAGCUGUGUGGCAAGAUGGCUGCCCUAUUGGACAGGAAGGCCCUGAGGGUUCCGUCAACGUUGGAUGCGGUUGCUAACAUCCUCCUGGUCAUCGUUGAGAGUUCUGAUUUCUCUCCCUACACUCCACAGUUUCAACAGAAGAUGAAAUCUCCCCACACCCCUCUGACCUGGGUGCGUAAGAAGAGCAAAGCUCUUGGGAACCUGUCUAACUUCCAGACCCUGCUGGUCCAGGUCCUGGAGGCCUUUAAUGCUGUUGAGGCUCCUGAGACUGUCCCUGAGGGUACAGGCCUGGCCCUGGUCUCCAUCCUCUCUAUCCUGUUCUCUAAUCUGGCCCUGGCUACAGCCAUCCAGGAGACCCUGGCCUCGCUCACACAGUCCCUCGCAGCCCUCUAUGAACAGCCUGGGAGGACUCCAAAUGAGCAGCCGAAAUUCACCUCGAGUCUUGGAGCAAAGCUGGAGAAGCUCCUGGGUGAUGUGUUGGGCUGCCUGCAGACGUGUUCAGCCCUGGCCUACGAUGAUGAGCUACUGUCCCUGCUGUCCCCCCUGCUCUGUGUCCUGUUCCUCCACCGGCGCAAGCACGUCCGCUCCCUCAUCACACAGUUCUGGAACGCAACCUUCGCUAACACUUUGGUCCUCGUCUACCCAGAAGAACUCAAGCCAGUGUUGAGCCAGGUAAAGCGGAACACUCCUAUCCUCUUACCUGGCUUUCAGUCUGUUGAAGUUCCAGAUGAGCUCAGUGGACAGUACUCUAGUGAGAGCUCUCAGCUGGAGACCAAGCUGAGUGGAGUGCAGAUGACUCCUGGGGUGAAGAGAGACUCUCUACUGGCCAGGGCUGGAAAGAUGGACAGGAACUCCAAUACAUCAUCCAAGCCUGUCUCUAUGAAGCUCGACUUUGGCUCUCCCAAGCCGCCUCCUAGAGAGGAACUGGAGGAGCAGGCCUCUAUAGACUUUGUGUUCAUCCCCCCUGAGACCAAGGAGAGAGUCCUCACCGAGCACCAGAAAGAGGUCAAGAGAACCAAAAGGGUUGACAUCCCUGCCAUGUACAACAACCUUGAUGCUUCCCUUGAUACCACGGUCUUCACCCAGUACACACAGAGUCAGGAGGAAUCACUGGACAAAUUGCCAGCAGAUGAGCAAGCCAAAGAUGAGGUUAAAGCAGAGGUUCCAGAGGGAGACAUGGAAAUGGGGGAGGACGUUGCUGACGACACCCAGGAAUAUAUCAGUCCAACCAAUGAGACGGCAGAAUCUGCAAAGGAAGACGAGGAGCCUGCUGACGAGGUACUUCCUGAGUCUGCAGACGUUUCCAUGGAGGAUGAUGUCAGCGAAGAUGUUUCAUUGGAGGAAGACUCUGCCAUGGAGACCAGAGAGGGCACCAGCCCUAACGUCUCUGGCGGCUCUGACAUGGUCUCAGGGACGCCUCAGAAAACCAAUAGUCGUCGCCAGUCUUUCAUCACUCUGGAGAAGUAUGCUGAGGGGAAGCCUGCUAGUCCUGCCAGCGUGUUGACGUUUACAGGCCCCCUCACCAGGACAGCUAACAGCCAGAAGCAGGAGGCUUCCUCUCAGGAACCAGCGGCAGAGACCGGCAAUGAGCAGGAGGCUUCCUCUCAGGACCCACCGGCAGAGACCGGCCAGGAGCAGGAGGCUUCCUCUCAGGAACCAACGGCAGAGAACGAGCAGGAGGCUUCCUCUCAGGAACCAAUGGCAGAGACCGGUCAGGAGCAGGAGGCUUCCUCUCAGGAACCAGCGGCAGAGACCUGCCAGGAGCAGGAGGCUUCCUCUCAGGAACCAGCGGCAGAGACCUGCCAGGAGCAGGAGGCUUCCUCUCAGGAACCAGCGGCAGAGACCUGCCAGGAGCAGGAGGCUUCCUCUCAGGAACCAGCGGCAGAGACCUGCCAGGAGCAGGAGGCUUCCUCUCAGGAACCAGCGGCAGAGACCUGCCAGGAGCAGGAGGCUUCCUCUCAGGAACCAGCGGCAGAGACCUGCCAGGAGCAGGAGGCUUCCUCUCAGGAACCAGCGGCAGAGACCUGCCAGGAGCAGGAGGCUUCCUCUCAGGAACCAGCGGCAGAGACCUGCCAGGAGCAGGAGGCUUCCUCUCAGGAACCAGCGGCAGAGACCUGCCAGGAGCAGGAGGCUUCCUCUCAGGAACCAGCGGCAGAGACCGAGCAGGAGGCUUCCUCUCAGGAACCAGCGGCAGAGACCUGCCAGGAGCAGGAGGCUUCCUCUCAGGAACCAGCGGCAGAGACCGAGCAGGAGGCUUCCUCUCAGGAACCAGCGGCAGAGGCUGACACAGACCCGCAGGAGACUGAACAAGCAAGAUGUAAAAGCUCCAAGAAUGAGUCUUCCCAAAAAGAGGGAGAGAAACCUGAACCUUCAGAAGACAUAAAGCAAUCUGAGGUUGAGAAACCCACUGAGAAAAAAACAAGUGAAACCACAGAGGACGAGGACAUCAUCCCAGACACCCAGACUCCGGUGGAAAUACUGAAGGAAGUUCCUGCAGUUGAAGAAGUAGUAGUAAUGGAAAACUACAGUCAGGAAGAAGAGGAAUCUCAAGGUCUUCUGGAAGGUUCUCCCAGUUCCCAGGCCGCUCUGAGCCAAGGUGAACCAAGGCGGUCCGGACGGCGGAGGAGCAGGCCAUUGAGACCAGGAGAAGAUGCAGAGGAAUGGGAAGAGAAAGACAAACGGAGGAAGAAGUCUCAACCCGAAGAGGAGGCGAAGAGUCAAACUGAUUCACCAAAGACUGCGCCCUCUCCUGCCAGUCAAGCAGAUGGUCAGUCGCAAGGUAGAACAAGCAGGAGAAGUAAGCUGGCUGUUGAGGUGGAGGACCGUGGAAAAGACAAGCUGAGAAAGAGAAGUCACAAGGAGGAGAGCGAGUCGAGCAAAUCAAAUUCACUGGUGGCCAUUCCUUCACCUGCUGCUGAUGUCAACAGCCAAUCACAGGGUAGCAGGGUAUCAAGUAGGAGGAGCAACAAAUUGGUCAGCAAAUCAGAGGAUCUGGUCAAAGACAAACAAAAGAGAGUCGUUGCAGAGGAGGAGCUCAGUCAAAGUGACUCUCAAACGGACACCCCCUCUGCCUCUGAUAAUGAUAGCCAAUCACAGAGUAGACGUAGUCAGAGGAGUAAGGUGGAAGUGGAGAAUGAUUGCAGGCAGAAACGAAGGAAUAUUAGGGCUCAGAAGGUGGAGGGGAAGACGAGCCAAAUGGAUUCACAUGUAGCCACACCAUCUCAACAAGAGAGCCAGUCACAGGGUAGAGCAAGCAGGAGGAGCAAGGUGCCCAUUGAAGUGGCUGAGUCUGAGGACAAAAUACGUCUAAAUUUGGCCACUGAUUCCGCAGCAACACCAGAGAUGAGCCAGACUCAUUCUCAGGUCGCUCCUUCUGCCACCAGUCCAACAGACCGCCAGCUGAGGGCCAGGGGCAGAACCAGUAAGAGAAGCAAGAUGUUAGAGGAGCAGGUAAAAGCCAGAAGCAGCCCUAGCCCAACUCCUAACAUGGAGACUGAGAACUCACAGAUGGCAAAUACAGAAUCCUCCCAAGGAAGUGGAAGGACUUCAAGGCGUAGAGCCUCCCAGGCUUUACUAGGCUCCAACGUGGAGAACUCUGAGUCGGAUGCUUCAGAGACCCGGGAGGAUGUCCAGAAACCCAUGAAGAAAGGCAGGAAGCCCACAUCACCUGGAGCUCUUCCAAGGCUGCUGGCUACAGUUGGAUCAGCAGAGCUAGGGGCUGACCAAGAGAUCCCAAUGGAUAGUUCUGAAACUUCAAGUGAGACCUUAGAAGUCAAGAUUCCACAGGAUGUGGAGGAAACCUAUAAAACUGAAGUGGUAGUUCCAAGACUUCCUCUGAUAACUAAGAAAGAUAUGGGGCAGAGGGAGACUGACACUGACAUGGUAGAUAUGGAGGGUGAUGUGGUUGAGGCAGUUGACCCCGUUGUGCCAGAGAAGUCUGAGAGUGAUAAUACUAAGCUUUCUUCUCAACAGAUGGACUCUUCAGUAGAACCUGAUCUAGAACAUAUGAAGAGCCAGCAUGUGUGUAUGUCCCGACGGAAGAAGGAACAUGGACAUAAACAUUCAAAAAACAUCGAGAAUUUCAACACCGUCUCCUCUCAGGAGAGUAACCAUGGUGACCUAGAGUGUGCUGGGCCAACACAGCUCCAAAGUAAGUUGCUCACUGACUCUGAGCAGGCCAACUCUCCCAUGCCUUCCGCUGAAGGAAAUGCCAUCUCUGAAGAUGGACUAAACAAACUAUGUACCCCUCCCAUUGCCAAUGGACUCCCCACAGAUACUUCACCUACUGAGGCAACAGAGGAGAAACUGUGCCCGAGUCUUCAGGUCUCUGAGUCCUCAGAGAAGGUUUUCGAUGGGCCUAAGCCUGUGGCUGUCUCCAAUGAGGUGACAGAUGAGCAGAUGGGAGAAGACGAGAACAGACAUCCAGAUUCUACUGCCAAUGUUCUAGAGGAGGACCAACUGGAAGAUGUUGGCAUGUCUAUUGGGCAAGCCCAGCCAGAGUGUUCCAAAGCCUUAGAUGAGGAGCACCGGGAGGAGCAGUACACAUCUAUCAAAGGACAGCCAGAGUCUUACAGCACCUCUACUAGAACCAGAGAAACCCACACUGAGCCUCAGGCGGACAACGUUCAAGAUAUCAUGCCUCUCCAAGAGAGGACAAAAACAGACAAUGUCUCUGGCCUCGAGGGUGAAGAAACCCAGAUGGACCAUAAUGACCUAGAUCGAUGUCCUCUAAACUCUUUUACCCCUGUGACCUCUGACCCUCACGAAUCCCCAGUGCCUCUACAUGACCCAAGUACCUCUAAAGAGACGUUGUGCCAAGACUCCCCACCCAUGCAGAAGGAUGCUGUGCUGGAGGUGGGCCAUAGCCCCAGUAGUGGCAGGACCAGGGGGUUGUGGUCCCCCUCAGCUUCCCCCUCCACCUCUAUCCUGAAGCAGGGACAGAAAAGAACAAUAGAAGAGGAGAGUCCUUCGCCUUUCACGAAGUCUCGACGAGUAUCAUUUGCUGACCCAAUCCAACACCAGGAGCUGGCAGAUGACAUUGACCGUCGCAGCCCUGUCAUCCGAUCCAGCUCCCCAAGAACCAAAGCUACCAGCAGCAUCCCUCAGCCGAAGCAUAUCACAACACCAACAAAGGGCUUACUGAUCCUCAGUCCACGCAAUCUCCGCAGCCCGGGGUACAAGAGCUCCAAGAAAUGCCUGAUCUCUGAGAUGGGCCAGGAGCCGAGGCCCAUCCCUAAGGACUGUGUGUACCCGGCCCUGGUCCGCUGUUCUACCCCCGUGGAAGCAGUGCUGCCUCAGAUCACCUCCAACGUGUGGCCUCGUGGCUUCGGCCAGCUUGUGCGAGCCCGGAAUAUCAAAACUGUCGGAGACCUCAGUGCUCUUACACCAAGUGAAAUCAAGAACCUUCCCAUUCGUUCCCCAAAGAUUUCUAAUGUGAAGAAAGCACUUAAAAUAUACCAUGAACAGCAGUGGAAGGGCCGUAGUGAUGAGCUGAAGAGUUUUGAGGAGAUGGAGAAGAUGACAUCUGAGCUGGAGGAGCCAACCGUUCCUCAGAACCAGGAAGAGGAGGACAAGACUCCAGGAGAUGCCCUAGUCACAGAGUUGUUGGAUGAGCCCGUGUCCAAGGAGCAUGAGGAACAUCCAGAGGAGAGACCGGACCAGAGCAGGCCUGACCACCAGAGGACUGCUGAGGGGGGUCUGCUGUCGGAGGUGAAGUCCCUGGCGGCCCAUCUGACUGGGGAGGGAUUAAGCCACUGCUCCCCUGACCAACUGGUUCAGAUCCACGAUCAGCUGGGAGGCAUGAUGAGGACUGUGGUGGUGGAGCUGCAGAGCAGACUACUGGCUCAGAACAAGGACAGCGGACCCUGAUCCAAACGGUAUACAGUCCCAGGGUUUGGAUUACAUAUCUUCGGAAUGCCCAAAUUGAAGUCUCUUGAAGGUGCCAAUUGGGGGUGCCUAUUGACAAUUGUGGGGGGCGGCACAAUGGUGUUUGAAUUCUUACAGAGAUCUUGAUUUGUUUAUAUGGGUGCUCAGUCCACCCAGCCCCCGUGGACUUCGAACCUGAACACCCCAGACAAGGUUUCCCCUCUCACACUCCGACUCUUAAGAAUUUUAUUUUUUAAAGAGUUAAUCAAGGACUACACUACAAGUCCACCAGGAUCUGUUUGGAUUGUGUUUUUAAACUCCUGUUCUCUUUGGCCUUUUUCAUUGUCCUCUUUGAUGGUGAGGGAGAUGUUUUAUAAAUUCUUGUUAACUUUUCAGGCUAAAAAAGUAGUCGUAGUGGUGGUGAUUCCGGUUGUCAUGGCAACAGGGUGAAAGCGAAGCAUGGUCUCUGGUUGGCUGUACCAAGACUUUGCCAAGAAGUGAUAUUUUAAUAAAUUCUGGCCAGGAGGAGGAUGGGACCUUUUACAUUGUGUGCUUAAAUAAAGGAUUGAAAGACGGA